AUGUCUCGUGCCAAGAACGACGCUAGCGCGAGGGACAUCCUGAAGGUGUUGAAGGCCAAUGGUUUGCAGCACUUGCCCAAGGCAGAGACGUACGCGCACCUGAACGUGGAGGACAUGAUCGAGAAGAACAAGGAGCUGUUGAUGGACAUCCUGAAGGAAACCCAGCGUCCAACUUGCAAGGUGUUGCAGGCCGGAUGCGUGUUGCACUUUCCGGACUGCACGAAGGACAUGUGCAAAGGCUGGUGCGACAAGCUAGUCCACUGCAUUAGCUACUGUCGGAGCAAGAGGUCGGCCAGCAGCGGCAAGAAGCUACCCGAGGCUGUGUUUGACAUUGUAAACUUCUUGAAAAGCGGAAAGAGGGCAAAUUUGUCGAUCAGAGAGGCCCCUCCUAAGCAGGAGGGCGCGCAGCUCGCUUGCCGCGAGUACUUCGACUCUGGACGUUUGUGUAUGGUGAAGGCUUACGCAGAUGGAACACUGGUGCAGGCAAGCAUGAGUGCUGGUCCCCAUGGCUUCAUGCGAGCGCAGUUUCCAGAUGAAGUGGGGGCAAGGGACACAGAAAUUCCAAACCUGCGUGCAGCAACGGCUGCGAUGAAGAAGCCGGCCAGCAGCGCGAAAAAACGCCCAGCAGCUGCAGACCCAUCCGAUUCGGAGCCUGCAGCUGCCUCCCAGCGGCUUGCAGUUGGCAAGCAGUCAGAGGCCCAGGCCCCCAUGCUCGUGGGUUCUGAAGAGGGGCAGGCGGAAGCAAUGACCUACUCGAUGAUGUUCUACGCGAAGACGAACAGGAUGGCCAUCCGCGAAAGGAGGGGCGAGAAGCGUCAGAUUUUUCAGUUUGGCACCGAUGGUGUUAGUCGAGAGAAGUUGGCGGAGAUAGCAG